AUGAAGUUUUGGAAACUCGGCUGGGGCCAAAAAGAGCCCGUACACUUCACACCCACAGCAUCCGAACGCUUCCCAAUCGAAGUAGCACAAGCCUUCGAACCCAUAGACGAGGUCAUCCGCAACGUCGACCGCACCGGCUCACCCCCCGGCACUCUCCUUUGUUCAUUCCCCGAUCCCGCACCAGGCACAAGUCUCAACCAGUUCCGUUUCCAGCUGUACCGAGAAAACGGAGUUCUGCCCGGUGUUAUCGGUUACCUUGAGAAUGGUAUCGAUCCCGAUUGGAAAAAUACAUUUGAGAUGUGGAAGCCACAGUGGGAUCAGUUCUGUAGGAGCUUUGAAAUCCAUGGAAAUACUACGCGCACUUUGGAUAUUCCUCCCUCGCCGGUCAAUGUAAUGUGGAUUCAGAAACCUAAUAGUCUUGGCUUUGUACGGCUUAGUCUUGGUGACUAUAGGGAGAAGAAGCUUGAUCAGGAUGUUCUAGAGGCUCUGUGGAAGUGGAUGCUGGAUGUGCCCCCUGAAGCAAUUGUUGAAGGGACUUUUAUUAUUAUGCUGGGGCAUGAGCCUUGGUUCCCAGAGGAGUAG